CUAAAAAUUUACGUUCUCCUUAAAUAACACUGAAGACAUGAGCAAAGAAACAUACAUCAAUGAGGAAAGAGAGAAUGAGAGAGGAGGAAGAGGAGCCCCUCAGCCCGAUGGCUCGCGUAUUCCAGUCGCGAGGCAUAGACUACUGUGCCGUCACCAUGAUAGGGUUCAAAACCAAGAUCAAACCUGCCGUCGUCCUUGAUGCCUUGAAGCAUAAUGUCUACAAGCAUCCUCGUUUCUCCAGCAAACUGUCUAGUGAUGGUGCAAAAUGGAUCGAGACGGAAGUCAAUGUAAAAGACCAUGUAGUUGUACCAUACAUAGAUCCAGAAGAGAUAGGUGAAGAUGGGGAAGGCUUCAUAGAUAACUAUACUUCACGUAUAACGAUGAAUCCUAUGGAUAGAUCAAGACCAUUAUGGGACAUUCACAUCCUUAACGUCAAAACCUCAGAUGCUGAAGCAGUCGGUGUUGUAAGAACUCACCAUACGUUGGGAGAUGGAACGUCCAUGGUGUCCCUCUUGCUCUCAUGUACACAUAAAACAUCAGACCACAACAGAGUUUCAACUACUAUUCCAUCGUUGAAACGGCGUGGAAGAUACAAAAACAAAGGCUGGUUCUUAAGGUCGAUGUUCACCAUUGGAUCUACAAUGACGCUGAUUUGGAAUACAAUUGUGGAUAUGUUGCUACUUUUUGCUACUUUGUUGUUUUUGAAGGAUACAAAAACACAUAUCAAAGGCGGCGCAGAUGUUGGGAGUAAUCCAAAGAGGUUUUAUCAUAGAACUAUAUCUUUGGAUGACAUUAAACUUAUAAAGAACGCUAUGAAUAUGACUAUCAACGAUGUUCUGGUUGGAAUUACACAAGUCUCUCUUUCUAGCUACUUGAGCCAACGUAUGGUACACUUUAACUUCAAUAUAUAUGAUAAUGAGGAGGAUGGAGCAUUGAUACCGUAUCCGAACAACCUUCCAGGUGGAAUACAAUUUCGUGCAGGUUGCACGGUAAAUCUGAGGUCAGAAAAAGGGUUGAAGCCUUUGGCAGAUAUGAUGGUCAAAGAUUCAAAAUGCAGAUGGGGCAAUUACUUCAGCUAUAUUGUUUUGCCCUUCUCCAUCGGUUUACAAUCUGAUCCGUUGGUUUAUCUAAAGUUAUCCAAAUCCAUGAUGGAUCGAAAGAAGCAUUCUUAUCAUGCCCAUCUAGCGUAUAUGAUGAUUAAAAUCUGCCAAAAUUUGUUAGGAGCUAAGGUAGCAGCAAAACUGUUCAAUAGAACAGUGAUCAACACAACAACAAGUCUUUCGAACGUUAUUGGUCCCAUGGAAGAAAUCAGUUUCGAUGGCAAUCCAAUCACUUACAUUGCUACAAGCGGUUACGGACACUCACAAGCAUUGUUGAUGCAUUUCAUGAGUUAUGCUGGGAGGAUGACAAUCACGUUAGCGGUUGAUCCUACAAUCAUACCUGAUCCUCACAAGAUAUGUGAUGAUAUGGAACAGUCAUUGAAAGAGAUGAAAGCUGCUCUAUGGGAAAGAGGGUUACUCUAAUGCUAUCGUGAGCCACUAGCAUCCAUUUUAAAUGUUUUUUUUGUAGUACCAACUAUAUCAAUUUAGUCAUAUUUUUUAUUUGUCUGAUAAGUGAUAAUUUAAAUAAAAAACAAUUUAUAAA